CAGAAGAAAGAGAGCUGUCUCUACCAUCGGUCUCCCUCCAUCCAAACCCUUAUAUCUUACUACAGAAGCAUGUUCGGCUCGAACAAACCUCUGUUCUCGUUUGGCUCCACAAACACCGCUGCCCCGGCAUUCGGCCAACAAAACAAUGCGGGCACGAACACGCAACCAGGUGCGGGAUUGUUAAAUCAAACAACGACGAAUGUACCUGCAACCAAUACAGGAGGCCUUUUUGGACAGGCGGCGACAAAACAACCUGCGACAACGACUUCCUUAUUUGGUCAAAAGCCAGCUACGACAACCACAACAACCCCGUCUCUGUUCGGACAAACACAACAACAGCAGCCUGCCGCGGGAACGAGCUUGUUUGGCGGUUCCGGCUUUAAUCAACAACAACAGCAACAACAGACGCAACCGGUCUUCGGUUCAACAACUGGCGGCGGUCUUUUUGGACAACAAAAUACUGCUACUACAACAAAGCCAAGCUUUGGGUUGUUUGGCCAGCAACAACCGCAGCAGCAACAACAGGCUGUGCCUCAAGCAAAUACCGUUGCUUCCAAUGUCACACCAAUUCAAUCGACCACUCGAUUUUCUGCUUUAGACGCGGCUACCCAAAAUGCUCUUGAUAGCAUCGAAAAAGAAAUAUUUGCCCAGAUCCAGCUUUCUGAAACGGUAAAUGAGAGUGCUGCUCAAGUCCGGCAACUUGUGGACACAGUGCCAAAUGAUGUUGCAGAAGUGGAAAGACGUCUUUCUUCCACUUCAACUGCAUUGGAAACAGAUGCAGACUGCUUGGAAGACGUUAAAAACAUUGUGGACAAAGACACGAUUAAUGCCCGCAUAAGCACAAGAAUCAUUGAUGUGAUGAAAACUCCGGGUGCCGUUUUGCCGCACACAUCUAAUGAUCCUCUUGUAAAUUACUUUGAUGAAUUCGUUAGAGAUGCCAAAAAGCGCACGCAAGUGUAUGCCGCUACCAUCGGUGAAUUGGAGCAACACCUGGAGCAAGUGGAAUCUAUGCCUCAAAACAAUAGCCCGGAGGCGCUUGUCCGCUCUCUCAAGGAAGAGCACAAGCUUUUCAUGGCACUAAGCAACCGGUUUGCGCAAGUUCAUGACGAGGUCAAACGCCUUCAAAUCUCUGCAGGCUCUGUAAAUGGUUUUCGGAAAUAAAUACACGUCUUAACACGAUGUCAAUUUUCUGGUUAAAAUGUUAAAGGGAAGGGGUUAUUGUUUAAAAUGAUGGAGCAAAUGUGAAUGAAAGGAGACGAUUAGAGUGUCGCGCCUAACUUUUAAGGCGUUGCCGCGUAUAUGGACGGGUCCGUAUUUUUCGAAACCGCGAGCGUCGCAGGAAUACCUUGGACCCAUUCUGAUUCGUAAACUUCCUGUAUAGAACAUCGGUCUUUUGGAUUUGGUUGUAACAUGCGCUUGAUUAUGGGUCGCGAAUCUGUUGGAAGGGAAUCUAGUAGUUUUACAUGAGAAGGAUCAAGCUUCGACUGUUCCAUAAAAUUUCUAUACGACCGAUCUGUCAUUUUGGGUGUUUUCCAAGGGAAUCGUAAAAGCAUAAGGCAACUAAAAGCAUGUGCCGGUUAGUAACAAAUUGCAUACGCACGCCUACUCUCAGACGUAGAUUACGAACCAGAACACGAUAGCGCAUGACCAGACAUCAAUUCCUCGGGCAUCAUAUGAAUAAUGCUGGAAAACCUCGGGCCUGCAUAAUUGUUGUUAGUCUUCCGCACAAAAUUGUACAUAUAAACCGCUGCAUGUAUCUGCGGACGCGAACAUACGGUAGGUACGGUUCUGAGCCGAUGAGACCUCGUGCCUGUACCGCACUAGAUUCAAAGGGAUAUUGAAAAACAAAUGCACUUCCAAAGUCAAUGAGCUUGAGAUUGCACUUUUGAUCGAGCAUUAGGUUGUCUAACUUAAUGUCCCGAUGUGCUAGACCAACCGAAUGCAAAUAUGCAACACUGGCCACAAGCUGGCGGAAGAGUACAAGCUUGUCUUCAUUAGACAGUUGAUUUUCCUUCACCAACGUGAACAAAUCGUACGGCGUGUACUCCAUAAUCUGAUAAUACUUUUUGUUGAGAACGAGCACGUCAUACACCCGGAUGAUGCUGGGAUGGUGCAACGUCGAGCAAAUGUUGAAUUCUGCCGUAGCGCGUUUUGCAUACUCGCGCUCGCCUUCUCCGGGCAUGCGUUGACGGUAUUGUUUGGCUACAUAUUUAAUGCCUUUUUCGUUCGGCGUCGCAAUGGUGUAGACAUGCCCUUCUGCACCUUCACCAAUGAGUUCUUCAACGUAGCCGUACUUCGUUGGAACUCGCGAAACUUGUUGCCGGAGUGCAACCUCUUGCGAAGAUUUUACUUUACGAAGCUCACGCUUCUUUUUGGACGAAGACCACGGAUUCAAUACGCGUACUAAAUCCAGUGAGCCCUGUCGAAUAUGCAAUGAUGAGCGCUCCUUUGUCGGGGAUUUAUCGCCUUUGCGCUUCGUUUCUUCAACGUCGUCAACGAGUAGAAAAUCUCGUUGAUUCCGUUGCUCCAACAUAAGGUUACGAAAACUCGAAACGCUUCUGCUGUGCGAUAUUUUCUUGAAAUGAAAUUGGGGAGGUAUCUCACGUGGAUCUGAAGGAGGAGAAUUGCGGUUGAUUCUACUGUAAGGAUUGUUAUAAGGAUCAGAUGCAAGUGAGGUAUCCGGCAGCGACACAAACCCAGGGCUUCCACGAGGUAAUGAUGAAGAAGUAGUUCCAACAGCUGUUCGAAAAGACACAUGUCUUCUAAUUGUUGUCGGGCUCGAACGGUCGUCGGAAGAACCAGAUGAACUGGAGCUAUUCAUCAAAAUAAUUGGUGCACUAUUAUCAUGCAAUGCACCGCCAGAACGAUCGAUGACUCCGUCCCGAUCGUAAGAGGGUGUCAUUUUGUCAGGUACUUCCUCAAGGAGUAAUUGUAUAUAGACAGAAGGGGAACAAAAUCCGUAUGUUAUUCUGACAAACAAUAAUGAAAGGUAGAGCUUAGAUAGACAAUAAUUACAAUGAAACCGUAGAUGGAUUAUUCGG